GUACAAAGUCAGUACGGGAAGUAGACCAAUUUGAACUUCCUCCUUCCUUCUUUUUUACGGGAGUUAAUUUAGAAAGUGCUAGAUUAUUUUCUGAAAGCGUUCGUAUUUUAUAAAAUGGCAAAGUGUCCAGUCCUUAUAGAAUUUUUUUAUGAUAUAAUAUCACCUUAUUCUUUUCUUGCUUUUGAGGUUCUACAUCGUUACAAACCAAUAUGGAAUAUAAAUUUGAAACUGAAACCUGUACUUUUAGGUGGAAUAAUGAAAAGUUCGGGUAAUUCGCCACCUGCUGUGGUUCCAAAUAAAGGUGCUUAUAUGGCACGAGAUUUGAAAAGACUUCAAAAGUAUUUUGAAGUUCCAUUAUCUCUCCCACAUAACUUAAUGGAUUUAAUCAUGAAGCAAGGAUCAUUGAAUGCACAGAGAUUCAUAACUGCUGUUGACAUCUUAAAACCAGAGUAUUUAGAAGGAAUUUCAAGAGCAUUAUGGUUACGUUUAUAUGACCAACAUAAGGAUAUUACUGAAGAAGAAAGCUUUAAAGAAGCUGCACAUUUAAUAGAAAUGGAUCCUGAAAUACUAGAAAAAUCUCUUCAUGCAAUGCAUGAUAACAAGACUAAGCAGAGAUUACGAAAAUAUACAGAUGAUGCCUUGGAAUAUAGCGCCUUUGGAGCACCAAUGAUUGUAGCACAUGUCAGUGGAACACCAGAAGUAUUUUUUGGGUCUGACAGAUUUGAAUUACUUGCAUACACCUUAGGUGAAACAUGGAUGGGACCUGUACCCAACAAGUUGACAUGUAAACUAUAAUUGUGAAUUUAUUUGAGAGCAGAUGAUAUAUAUGUCAGCUACAUGAGCUUAAUUGUAUAUGGGAAUAUAUUUGUUUAUUGAAAUGUAAAUAAUGUAAUGUGUAUGAAAUAUAAAUAUUCUUUAUAAUCCUGCAAA